UGCCUCCUCUCUAAGUGUUGACAGUCAGUGUGAGUGGACGAAGGAAGCCUCAAGGGCCGAGUGCAGCAAGGAGGGACGCAGUCUAAACCACGGCCUCAUGACUUAUUCACUGUGCUACUGAGAGAGGCCACUUAUGACUGACUGACUGUGUGCUGAAAAGUCCCAGCCCUAAAUAAAAAAAUGGCUCAGUCAGUGCAAGUUAACCCAAAGUUGCCUGAUUUGGACUCUCCAUUCCUGUACUCUAGUCAAGAGGGCAUUGAGCAGCCAGCAUCUUACUCUGUUCAGACACCAUAUGGCUUCCAGCUUGACUUGGAUUUUCUAAAAUAUGUAGAAGAGAUAGAGAGUGGACACAACCUCCGGCGUGCACCCAUCACCUCCCGCCGUUCUGGUCGUGUGGUCAGACUCUCUCAGAGGAGCCCGAGUGUGGGGGGACAUACAAGUGGCUGGACAUCCACAGAGUCUCUUGCUUCAGUAUCGAGUGAGGAUGGUAGAGCACCUCCACCACCGCCACCUCGUAACCGCAUUGGCUCAGCACCGUGCGAGGGUGUGUCACUUUCCCCUGUCACUGUCCUUGGUGUGUCUGCGCUUUCGCCUGGUGCCAAAGUGCCGCCAACUCCCCCACAGCGCAACCUUAGAGUUGAACGAACUCUUCUGGAAACCAGCCGGCGGCUACAACAGGAACAAAACCACCAUCAUCAGAAUGGUGGCCGUUUUCAUCUUGGAGAUCCUCCCAAACCACUUUUACCCUCUUCAAACAUUCUGCAAUCACAGAGUAGCUGGACAAAACCCAGUCCACAGACCUCUGGUCGUAGUACACCAGCUGCUGGCACCACAGUAGCUCCAGUACCCCCCAGUCAGUUGCAGACAGUUAGAGAGCAGAUGGCUACAGCCUUGAAACAGCUGAAGGAGAUGGAAGAACGGGUAAAGGGUGUUCCAGCACUUGAGCAAGAGGUUGCCAAACUUCGUGCAGAGAAAGAUAGGCUUCUCUUGGCACUUCAGGAGAAAAAAAUGGCCAUGAUGGAGGCCCAAAAGAGGCAACAAUCCACAGAGUCCACCCAAACUGACCACUGUAUCUUAAGUAAGGGGACUCCACCACCUUCACCUAGUCGCACUGGCCUUCGAAAACCUGUGGAGAUAAAAAGGCUGACUGAGAGAUUUGAAGGAAAGGAUGAGAAAGUUAGCAGACCUUUAUUAAAAGUUUUAGGAAAAGCUCCAGAGGAAGUUUCAUUGGUUGAGAAGAAAUCCAUAGCUGUUGGAGAUGACAUGCCAAUUGACUCUGUUGUUUUGUACUACAGCCAAGGUGUUAAAGAUGCUUCUGAAGGCACCACUGUAACUGUUUCAGAAAAAAGCACAGGAGCAGAAUCCCUUAGGGUUCAUGAAGAGGGAAUACAGGUCAGUGCUGAGACAGAAGACUGUGGAGUUUGGGUUAUGGAGUCACUUCUUGGAGUAACUAGUGAGGCACAGCGAGAGAUAGAAACUUUACAGGACACCAUUAAAUUCCAGCAGGAAUCCAUUCUGACUUUGGAGGACCAGCUUUGUGCGGCCAACAAUGACCUAGAAAUUCUUAGGGCUGAAAUCAAGGCACAAACAUCCAAAGUCACAUUUGAGAAAGGUAUUCUUGCCAAACCCUCCAUGACAAAUGCUCAUGUAGAGACAUUGUCUUGUGUGUUAAAGCAUGUUGAAGUUUUGUGCCGUCCCGAGGUUACUGAUGUCUAUGUAGGUGAGACAUUGCCAGCUGAUCAGACAGAACAGGGCACCCAGACUGAUGCUGCAGUGGAACCGUCUCAGUCAUUUGCUGUUCCUGUGGUGAGCAUUGGGUGCCAAUGGGAAAAUUUCUUUGAAGGAAAGAGUGAGGAGCAGAAAGCUGCAACUCUAAAGAAGAGACAGUUAACCAUUGCUGAAUAUAAGGUUUCACCAGAAGAAAUGGUCAGUAUGACUGAGAUGAAAGGAGAUCAAGAUGACAAACCUGCAACUAGCAGCACCAAGAUAGGUAUGCUGAAAUCAAUCAUGAAGAGGAAGGAUGGGAGUAACACUGGCGAGAAUCACACAGUGAGCAAGAAGAGCCUUCAGUUUGUUGGCAUUCUAAAUGGCGGAUAUGAAUCUACUUCCAGUGAAGAUGAAGAAGAGGAAGAGGAGAAGAGUUCCUCAGGGGAAAGUGUAGAAGGGGAGUGUUUGGACAGCACAGAAGAGGAUGAGGCAGCUUUGGAGGAAGAAACAUCUGAUGAGGAGAGGAACGUCAACAUGGAUGAGAGUGAUACUGAUGAGGAGACGCUGAGAACACAAAAUUAUGCAUCUAAUGUUGUGAAAGAGAAAUUUGAACUGAGUGCAAAAAUGCGUGAAGCCUGCCUCAUUCUGAAGAACCACAUGAACGAUGACAUUAAAACACUGAAGAGUAAGGAAGUGCUUUCCAGCACCCACACUGUGCAGCUGGAGUGGUUCCGGAUCUCUAGUGCAAAAAUGGCUCAGCCAUCACGAGUCUCAGACUACCUGAUGGCGUUCUCUGAAGUGUCGACAUUGCUGCUUGAGCACAUAGUCAACAUGACUGAUGGCAAUGGCAACACCGCUCUUCACUAUAGCGUCUCACAUUCCAACUUUGGUGUGGUGGGGCUGCUGCUUAACACAGGGGUGUGCUCGGUGGAUAAGCAGAACAAGGCGGGCUACACGGCCAUUAUGCUGGCUGCGCUCUCCACUGUGAAGGAGGAUGAUGACAUGGCUGUGGUCAAAAAACUCUUCAGUCAGGGUAAUGUCAACGCCAAGGCCAGCCAGGCAGGUCAGACAGCAUUGAUGCUAGCUGUUAGCCAUGGGCGGCAGGAGAUGGUCCAAGCGCUGCUGGACUGCGGAGCCGAUGUGAAUGCGCAGGAUGACGAGGGAUCCACGGCGUUGAUGUGUGCGAGCGAACACGGGCGAGCUGAGAUUGUAAAACUGCUCCUGGCACAGCCUGGCUGCGACAUAUCCAUCGUGGAUAACGAUGGCAGCAGUGCUCUGUCCAUCGCACUGGAGGCGUCACACAAUGACACAGCUGUGCUGCUCUACGCCCAUAUGAACUACGCCAAGACCCAGGCCACCGCGGAGAGUCCAAAGGCCCAGCCCAGGAGCCCCACCAGCACCCAUAAGCCCUGGCCUGCAGACUGACACAUCCAGCAGAUGACCACCACAGAAACUGGAUCUGAGCAGUAAACUGUUCCACUGGAAUUUACUUAAUAUAUGUGUAUUUAUGUCAUGUCAUACAUCUUGCAGCUUUCUGAGUAUUGCUAAUCUAAAAAGUAUUAUAUUUUCCAUAAAAAUCCUGAAUGAUUAUCAUGUACUUGACUAAUCUGAGCUCAUCAUAUUUUUUUGCAAUAAUGUCUGUUUUUCUUGACAGAAGAUGAAAGCUUUCAUGUAUUAUUUGCACUUCAUUAUAGUUUACUCUCAGUCUUCACUUCCUGUCUCCUGUUUGAGGUUCUCCACAUCAUGACACUUCAACUCUGCGCUAACAGUCUCCUAAUAUAUAUCUAGUAUAUUCACAUAAAAAAUAAACAUUUACAUAAAAAUG